AGGCUAGCCUGCCUGUCAACAUCUAAAAGAUAAGCCUCUGUACGAAACCACCACACACCAUCCACUUCCACAAACCUAGACUCUUCCCAUUCCCAUCUCCGUCGCCCAUCCACAACACUGCAGGCGGCGCGUGAGAAUCCUCAAGAUGAAUCCAAUACUCUCUACCCUUCAGUACUGGCUAGUGAACCACCCAAAAAUCCUGCACUUUUCCUGGACCCCAGGCCAAACCUUUGGCUCCUCCUACCAGUUCCUCGCCCUCACAGUUGCCGCCUACCUCUUCCUCACAUUCCUUCUCUCCCGAAUCCCUCUCCCUUCUUCCCUCCGAAGACCUCACAUCCUCAAACCAAUCACAGCCCUCCACAGCUUCGUCCUGUUCCUUCUCUCCUUCAUCAUGGCCCUUGGCUGCACCCUCUCCAUCAUCUCCCCCACCGCCCGCCCUCACUUCCACCACAUCAUUUGCUUCCCUCCCCACACCCCUCAAUCUGGGCCUCUCUUUUUCUGGGCCUACGUAUUCUACCUCUCCAAGAUUCUUGAAUUUGUCGACACCCUUUUGAUCAUCUUGAGCAAUUCGAUCCAACGCCUGACAUUCCUCCACGUCUACCACCACGCAACGGUGGUGGUCAUGUGCUACUUGUGGCUCAUGACUUCACAGUCAUUGUUUCCAGUGGCCUUAAUCACCAAUUCUUUGGUACAUAUGGUAAUGUACUACUACUACCUGUGGAGUGCAAUGGGUGUGAGGCCAAAGUGGAAAAGACUGGUCACUGAUUGCCAGAUUGUGCAGUUUGUUUUUAGCUUUGCCAUAUCGGGCUUGAUGCUGUACUACCAUUUUACAGGAUCAGGUUGCUCAGGAAUCUGGGGUUGGUGCUUCAAUGCUGUUUUCAAUGCUUCACUCUUGGCUCUUUUUCUUGAUUUUCAUGGUAAGAGCUAUGCCAACAAAAAGGCAGCUGCUCAUAAAGAUAAAGGGCUAUGAUUUACUUAUUAAUCAUACAUGAUUGCCUUUGCUUUUUCUUUUAAUUUGAAUUCUUUGCCAUUCCAUCUCAUUGUGAGCUUCCCUUUUGUUAAUGUCUUUUGGUUAUACGAGGAUGAUGCUGAUGAGUAUUGAUUUUUGUUCCUUUUCA